AUGGUGUUAUCUUGGCCGUGGCAGUUUGUUUCGCUCUCCGAAGAGGAAACGAUCCGCCGGCGAGAGCUGCUUGAUCUACGAGGCGCCUUUGCACAAUGGUCUGUCAUGUUGGUCAUUAUGCUCCUCCGAGUCACAUAUCAAGGCUGGAAAUCCAUAUCUCAAGCAAAUCACGGAGCAGAUCAACCUCGCCCGCCUAUAUCUUGGUGGAAUCGGCCUCCCGUGACAGGGUGGCUUGAAACCCGGAAACAAUAUGCUGUGUGCGGCCUGUGGCUCUCAUGGCUAGUAGACCUUUCUGUGUGGAACAGUGGAAAUGAUUAUCUCCAUCUCACCAAGGCUCUGGGCCAUGUUGCUCUCUCCCAGAUACCCUUCCAGGUUUUGAUAUCGCCAGUAGCAUACAUAUCGACCUCUAAACCUUCAGCACCAUCUAUCUUCUCAUUCUUAACCACCGUCCCUCAGGGGACUCUCACACCGUAUCACCGCCUAUUCGGCCGCGUGGUCAUUUCACCUCUGCUUUUCGGCCAUGCCAUUCUCUAUCUUUCUUUCUUUGUGCAAUCUAGUCACCCGGAGUUUGGUUCUCUCUUGGCAAAACGGAUCCAGGAUCUCGAUGUUCAGUGUGGUCUUUCGGCGUUGACUGCGGCGAUUGCUCUGCUGUUCUUUGUUCGUCCUCGUGGGUCGGCUAAGAAGGGAGUUGCUCGUGCCUGGGAUGGAGGGUCUAUGCAGGAUCGUCGAAGAACUUUCUAUUUCGGUCAUAUCUCGCUGGUUGUGGUACUUUGUGUUGCUGCUUAUUUCCAUGUUGCACAGGCACAGAAGUAUAUGGUCCAGUCAUUAGGGGCGUUUAUGCUGAAUGGGUUUGGAUCUUGGGUGAUGGUGAAGUAUGGGAAUUAA